AUGAUAAUUUCGCUAAUUGGCGAAGGUUCUUUUGCAAAAGUUUAUCGCGGUCGAGAAAAAUAUACUGGACGGGAUGUUGCAUUAAAACUUAUAUCUAAAUUAGGUAAAACAGAAAAAGAUUUAAAUUUUUUACGACGUGAAAUUGAUAUACUUCGAAAAAUGAAACAUGAAAAUAUUGUCGAAAUGUUGAAUAGUUUUGAAACAUCUAAUGAAAUUGUUGUUGUUACUGAAUGUGGUCUUGCUGAUCUUUAUCAGUUAUUAGAGGAUGAUGUUAGUUUACCAGAAGAUGCGGUACAAAAAAUUGCUUGUCAAUUAGUGUCAGCUCUUUAUUAUUUACAUUCUCAUCGUGUUCUUCACAGAGAUAUGAAACCACAAAAUAUUUUAAUCUUUCCAUCUGGAAAAGUGAAAUUAUGUGAUUUUGGUUUUGCUCGAAAUAUGACAAUGGAUACAAUGGUGUUAACAUCAAUUAAAGGAACUCCACUGUAUAUGUGUCCGGAACUUGUGGGUGAUAAACCAUACGAUCAUUCAGCAGAUUUAUGGGCACUCGGAUGUAUAUUAUACGAAGUUUAUCAUGGUCAACCUCCAUUUUUUACCAAUAGUAUUUUGCAUUUAGUCAAAAUGAUUGCAGAAGAACCUGUUCAAUGGCCAAAAGUAAUGAGUCCUGAUAUGCGUAGUUUUUUAGAAGGUCUUCUUACGAAAGAUUCUACUCAUCGUUUAACAUGGCCAGAUUUAUUACAACAUCCAUUUGUACGAACGGGAGUUAAAGUUCCACUUUUAACUGAAUCAAUUAUUGGCCCAUUAACACAACCACCCACUGAAGAACAACGUAUUUUAAAACAACAACAAAUUAAAGCUAAAGGUGUUUCACGUGGUCCUUCAAAACUUCUCUCAAAAUUUAUGCCAGAUGAACAUCGAAAAGAUGCUCCAAAAUCACCUGGAAAUAAAGAUAAAACUCCAAAGAAAACAAAAAUUCCAACACCACAAAAACCUGAAGUAAAACAACCUCCUCCUCCACCACCACCUGUCGAGCCCAUUAUUAAUCAUUCUGCUCUUACCGUUGAUUCUUUAACAAGUCAAGAUGAUAAAUUUGUAUCUGCACGCGAUAAUCUUACUACAUCUCGAACAACUGAAGAACAAGAAAUCGAACAAUAUGCCGAACAAAUCGAAUCAAUGUCAAAUGAACAAUUAAUUCAUUUACUUCAACAACCAGCAUUUGCUCAAUUGUUUCAAACAAUUCAAAUAACAGUUUUAUCCAAACUAUUAGAAUGUACUCUUAAUGGUGCUUCAUUCUAUCGAAAUAUGAUGAAAAUUAUUCGAUUUAUUUUACAAGCUGAUAUUGAUCCGAAUUAUAUUAUUUUAUUUACAAAUACAAUUCAUAUACCAGAUUUACUAUUAAAACAUCUAAAAGCAGUUUUUGAUCAUUCAACAAUUCGAAAAGAACCUUGGUUUGCUCAUAUUCUUUAUGAUAUUUUAAUUGUUUUACGUCUUUGGUUUGAAUUAAUUAUUGCUUAUACACUUCAACAAUUAGAUGAAGAUCAAUGUCAAUUUUAUUUGAAUAUGUCACAUGAAUUUCUUGAAUUAACAUCAAUACUAUUAAAUAUAGGAUCAACAUUAGAUUAUACGAUUUGUUGUGAAGCAUUGAUGAUAUUAAUUAUUCUUUGUGAAUCAUAUGAAGAUGCUUCACCAAUACUUUGUCAAGCAUGGUAUGAUCCAAUACGUUUAGAUAAAUGUCAAAUAUGGUCAGCAAUUGCUCAAUUAAUAACAACGAAUUCUAGAAUCGAAAAUCCAAAUGCUGAAAUUUACAACGAAACAUUAAUGUAUACUGUAGCUACUAUAGCAGCUCUUACAUACCCGUCACAAUGUUUACCUGAUGAAUUACUUGAAGCAAAAAUCAAAGUAGCAAAUUCUCUUGCAUUAAAAUUACUUGAUUCGAAUUAUGCGGCAUUUCGUGAUGUAUGGCUUGGUCAAUUUUAUACACCAAAAUGUUGUUCAAAUAUUCUUAAAGCACUUUAUGGAAUGUGUUUAUCAACACCACGUUUUACUGCAUUUAUAUUUGAUGGACCAUUUGUAUCAAAUGAACUUCUUAGUUUAAUUCGUGGUCAGAUUACAACAGAAGAAUCUGAUUUAGAUGAAGUAAUUGAAUUAUCAAUUCAUAUCAGUACUGUUAUGAUAAAACAAAUUAUUUUACAAUAUGAUAAUAAUACACGAAUUGAUCUACGAAAUCAGCCAAUAGUUAAGGAAGAUCGUAAAUUAGAAAAACUUCAACCAAUAACUACUCAUAUAGCUCAAUUAGCGUUAACAAGUCAAUUAUUACCACAACGUGCUGCUUGUGCACUUCAUCUUGUUUAUGCUAUAUCAUCUGGUGUUAAAGUUGUUUUAAAUUCAGAUGAAUACAUUGAUAGUUUAUCGACUAUAUUUGUUCAAUCAGAAUGUGAUUUUAUCGUUCGAUUUCCAUUUCAACACGGACUUCUUGAUGGUUUAAUUAUGCUGAUAUUUUAUAUUAUACAAAUUGAUCCACAAAAAUCAAUAGGAACUUUAAUUGAUAGUGGUUUAUUCUAUAUAUUAUGGCAACAAAUUCGUGCGGCAUUUCAUUCUUUACAUCCAAAUGGUAUGAAUGAUGAAAUGUCAGUAGUUACAACACCUGAUUGGAUUUUAAUAUCGCGCAAUGGUAUUCAUCAAUUACUUCAAUUAACAUUAGAAUUAUUUCUUCAACGUAUGCACAAAUGUUUAAGUUUACUUAUUCAAUCGGAAAGUGUUAUGUUUGAAACAUUGAGUAUGAUGUUAAGUAAAGAAUUUAUUGAACAACUUGAUAUAAAUUCUACAAAUGUAUUAACAACUGAAGUUGUUACAUUAACAUGUAAUAUAUUUAUGUUUCCAUUUUCUAUUGAAACAAGUGAAACAUUUCUUGAACGAACAUUAGAAUUAUGUCAACGUUAUGAUAUUAUUCAAAAACUUCUCUGGGUAACAAUGACACAUUUACCAAUUGAUCGUAUUGAAGUACCUAUAGGUCUUAUUGCACAAUUAAGUUAUUAUCAAGAAUCUUCUCGAAAAACAAUCAGUCAAAUGUUAAUGGAAGAUGUACAGUUAUGUCAAUUCUAUGCGAAUGUUCUUUAUGGAAGUAAUGAUAGUGAAUUCAUUCUAUGUGAUGUAUUCUUUACGUUUACAAAUUUAAUAAAAACAACAGAUAGUGUUGUAUCAUCAUUAAGUGAUGUACUUAGUGGACCACAAAAUGAUUUUGAUAUUUUAAAACGUGCAUUAUCAGGAAGUAAUUUAACAAAAGCAAAAUGUUGUUUUCUUAUGGGUCAUAUGACAAAAUCAUCGCGUACAUUUUGUACAGUUCUUAAAACUCACCCAGAUGUACUUGAUCAAUUACGCCAAUGUUGUUUUGAAGAUGAUUCACAUGUUCGAAAAAUGGCUUUUUUUGUAUUGGGAAAUUUUAUAUCUACAAAUGAAAUUCUUUAUGAAUACGUUGAUGAAUUAACACCAUUUCUUGUUCAAGCAUUAAAUGAUACUAUUUCAAAAAUACGAUCACAUGCAGUUAAUACACUUGGUUUUUUGGCACGUUAUCGUCGAUCUGAACGUUUAAUUAAUUUUAAAGUUCCAGAAAAAUUACUUGAUGUUGCUUGCCAUGAUACACAUGUAAUCGUACAAGAAUUUGCACUUCGUGUACUUAAACAAAUGUUAAAACAUGAACGAGCAAAAGAGAUUUUACAAGAAUGUAAUGCAACUGAUAAACUUUCAAAUUUACUUUCAAAUUUAUGUAUACAAAUGGAAAAUAAUCAAUAUAGUGAAGUUGAUGGACUAGUUGAUGAAUGUGAAGAACUUUUAAAACCAAAUGAAUGUGAUAUAAUUCUUGAUUCAAAAGAAUUACGACAACAUGAAUAUUUUAUUCAUUUAAGUUCCAAACAUUUUAUUAUCGAAUGUCUUGAUAAUGGACGAUCAAUAUUUUUUCGUGAUGUUAGUAGAAAUGGUUGUUAUAUUGAUGGUGAAUUAAUUCAUCAUUCGAAAAUUUUAUUACAAAAUAGUGAACAUAUUAUUUCUCUUGCUUUACAAGAAAAUCGUGCAUAUAAAUUUAUACAUUUAUCAGGUUUAAAACAAAUUGGUCCUGGACUUUCCAAAUAUCUCUAUAGAGAAGUAUCUAUUCAUGGAAGUGUUGAUGUUUAUCAUGAGAAAACAGAUUUAUUUGUUGAAAUGGAAUAUGCCGCUGAUGGUGGUGCAUUACUUGAUAGAAUACAUAAAACAUAUAUUAUGGAUGAAGAUGAAUGUAAACUUAUUUUUUAUCAAAUUGGUUGUGCAUUAGAAUAUUUACAUCGACUUAAAAUAGUAAAAUGA